UGACGUCAACGCGUGGAAAUAUAUUGAAUAAAAUACAAUAAAUAAAGCAUCGAUCAGAGCAUGAGCACAACUUAACUACUCCCACAUUACAGACAUUUAUUAGAAAAAUAAGAUUGACCAAUCGAAACCUUUAUUACAUAUAUAAAGAUAUUGCCCAAAGGGUAAACAACUUUAUUCUAUUAGCAUAAUGGCUUCCACCGGAAACCCAACCAACGGCCUCCAGAGAGAGGCGCAAAUUCAGUCAUCAGGAGCUGGAAAGAGCACCGUUACCACCGACGGCUCUGUGGUUACCUCCUCCGACCCUACCACCAACCCGUCCGCCAGUGUCGGCCAGAAGCUCAAAGGCGACGUAAGCGGCGCCAUCAGUGGAAGCAUCGGAAGCAUUCAAGCCGCUACAGGCUCACUUCUGAGGAACAAGGAGUUGCAAGAGAAAGGCACGACGAAGAUGCAGGAAGAAGACGAGCGGUUAGGUGCGAAGCGAGGCGUCAUGCCGGUAGGUUCAGGACAGAGGCACACUAAAGGGGAUGUUUGAAUGUUUGAAUGUGUGAAGUUAUGGACCGUGUUUUUGAUACGUUAGUCCGGAUCGCCGCAUAAAUUGUACGAAUAUAGAUGGUUUAUAGGAGGUUUAAGCUAAAUCCUUUUCCGAGUCCCAUAUUAUAUUAGUUUGCUGUUAUCAAGGAAAUGUGAUUAGGAACCUAUAGGUACAGAGAUUUACCACUAUUGAUUUAGUUACUCUCACGGAGUUAGCCUCAUAAACUUGGCUCAUUGUAUUACAUAAUCAGCUGAACCUCCAUAAGGCGAUAUCUGGCACCUUAUAUUAUUGAUCGUAUUUCUACACGAGUGUUAAUAAUCC